AUGCGCGAGUGGCCAGGCUUCUGGACCCAUCUCCCGAUGACAGUCCUUGACUGGGUCAACUUUGUGCAUUUGACGGGUGUCUGGGCACUAUUCAAUGUCUUAUUCUUUCUAUGUCUCUAUUUCAAAUCCAUCAGCCGCCUCCGAAAGGCCCUGGUCAUAGCUAUCUACGUCUUCUUCCUCAUCAUCUCUCUCAUGCCGCUGAUCAUUGACGCCACAACGGAUGUCUUCUGUCCUCCCGACAAGCCAAACUGUCCCGAAUACGAUCGUGACCCCAUUGUGUUAUUCGAGGGCUACCAUGUCUUCGCCCUGGUCCCAGUUAUCGUCACGCUCUUGAUUCUCGGCUUGUACAAACAAGCGCGAGCGUCCCCGCUUAAACUCAGUCUACCCUGGCUCAAACUUCAAGCAGUAAUCUUCAUGCUCUUGGCUGCGUCCUGGUCCUGA